AUGGCGGAGCGCUGCCGGCACCUCGAGAGCGCAAUUAUGGGGGCGGCGUCCUCGGGGGCCGCAGCGCCACGUGCCGGGGUUGCAAACGACGACGGUUUCCCGCGGCUGAGAUCUCUGCCGAAACCUCGCUGGCGGAGCCGUUCCCGCACUGAGCUGGUGGCCAUCGGUGUGCGGCAUCUGUUCAGCUCCGCCAAAUACAUCUGUGGCUUCACCAACCUGGAGCGCCUGAUGCAGAGUCCCCCAUGGUGUUUCGGGACCAAGUGCGCGGGCUGUGCCCAGGGCAUCUCCCCCAGCGACCUGGUCCGCAGGGCGCGGAGCAAAGUGUUCCACUUGAACUGUUUUACGUGUAUGAUGUGUAACAAGCAACUCUCCACCGGCGAGGAGCUCUACAUCAUAGACGAAAACAAGUUUGUCUGCAAAGAAGAUUACCUAAAUAACAGCAAUACUGCCAAAGAAAACAGCCUGCAUUCAGAUUAUCAGAGCGAGUAUUACGGCCCUGGAAGCAAUUACGAUUUCUUCCCGCAAGGACCUCCUUCAUCUCAAGCUCAGACACCCGUGGAUCUCCCUUUCGUGCCCUCCUCGGGGCCGUCAGGCACUCCCCUGGGGGCCAUGGAUCACCCCCUGCCCGGACAUCACCCCUCCAGUGAGGCUCAACGCUUCACUGACAUCAUGUCGCAUCCCCCCGGAGACUCGCCCAGCCCCGAACCCAACCUGCCCGGGUCCUUGCACUCCAUGUCCGCAGAAGUUUUUGGUCCCAGUCCUCCAUUUUCUUCGAUAUCCGUCAACGGUGGUGCUAACUAUGGCAAUCACUUGUCACAUCCACCAGAAAUGAAUGAAGCGGCUGUGUGGUAGCUUUAAAACAAACUGGGUCUAAGUAAGUGAUGAUCAUCUAGUCUGCUUAUUGUUAUGGUGUACAGAAAUGAAUAAAUAUAACAUCUCUCCUGCCCUAAGACAAUAUUACCUUGGGAACGAACUGAAUCCAAAUCGCUCCAAGGCAAGCUUUGCUCUAGACCAGGACAAUCUCCAUGUUAUGGUUGUAUCAAACAAGCAAGGGGACUUUUUUUUUGUACCAUUGACAAAGAAACUGGUGAAGCUGUAC